AUGUCACUACCCAUGAGUGAUAAUAUCCAUAUACCAUUUAUUCGUCAAGCUAUUGAACUCUCUGUAUCUGCUGUCGAACAUGGUAAUCAUCCAUUUGGUGCAUGCCUUGUUUCAAAAGAUGGACAAGUUUUACUUACAGCUGAAAAUACAUGUGGUGAACCUGUUACAGAUGUAACUCAUCAUGCUGAAUUAAAUCUUAUUAGUAUGGCUACACAAAAAUUUAAUCGAGACAUGCUUGAACAAUGCACAUUAUAUACUAGUUGUGAACCAUGUUUAAUGUGUACAGGUGCUUUUCGUUGGAGUGGUAUUCGACAGUUAGUUUAUGCUCUUAAAAAUGAAACAUUAGGAGAAUAUGCAGGUUUCGAUGGUCUUUUGUCUUGUCGACCAUUUCUACCAGCACCACAGUUUACUGUAAUUGGUCCUAUUCUUGAAGAUGAAGCUGCUCAGAUUCAUCAAACUUUUUGGUCUCAAUUAAAAUCCUAA